AUGGAAGAUUCUUUGAGUUCUACUACUAAGUUUGUAGAAGUGCCUCGAUUAGACGUAACUCAGGCAACGGAGGUUGAAAUAAUUGAUAAAGUCCACGAACUCUGUGUUAAGCAAGGAAUUCCGCUUGUACUUGAAAACUAUCACUUAAAAAAGGAAUUCGACGCAGAGUUAUUUACCAAAGAAUGGAUUCAACGAAAUUGUGGUGACCAAGAGAUAUCAGCUCGUGAUGUAAAUAAUAUAUUGGAUGAACAGAUGAAAUUAUCGGAUUAUUUAGAUUAUGUUGAGAAAGUUUCAAAGGACACUGGAUCUGUGCAACAGAAAUUAUAUGCAAAAGAUGUUACGUGUCCGAUUGUGUGGAAAGAUUAUAUCGGUAGUUUUUUGCCAAGUUAUUUUAGGUAUAACGGAAAUAAUGAUUUAAUGUCAAACCUGACACCUGAUCUUCGAGCUGAGAAUCUCAUGAUUUAUAUUGGAGUUGGUGGAACAAAUACUCCAUUACACAAGGAUAUGUGUUCUUCAUUCGGUCACAAUAUAAUGGUUCAUGCGGAUCCAGAUUCUUGGUCUACAUGGUAUAUGAUCGCUCGUGAUGAUAAAGAAAAAAUGAGUGCAUUAGUACAGGCUCUGGGUCAGGACGUCGAUCUUGAGAAUUAUUACGUACCACUUGACAUCUUAGAAAAGGCAGAUUUUACUGUGUAUCACACUAAACAAUUAGUCGGCGACUUUGUUAUGGUGCCGUCUGAAUGUUGUCAUGAAGUUAUCAAUGUGGGCUCUUGUACAAUAAAAGUUUCAUGGAACAGGAUAACUCCUUAUUCUGCGUAUCUGGGUGUGAUGGAUGCUGUGCCUAGCUACCAAAGAGUACUACGUCCUGAAACGUACCAAAUGAAACGACUUGUCUUCGAGAGUUUAAAUAAAUGGACUGAAGCGAUAUCCACGAAUUUACGUUGUUCAUCAGCUGACCAUUUGUCUCCUAGUCUUGAUUUUGUCACUCGAAUCGAAAAUGCUCCUGGCAGAGAUCUUCGAACUGAGUACAAACUUUUAAUAAUCACGUACAAAUAUAUCAUAGAACAAGAAUGGGUUUCCAAUGAGCAUUGGAAUGAUGGCGUUCAUUUCCCAUUGACUCCAGACAACAAAUCACAUAUGUCAUGCGAUUUUUGUCAUUGUGAUCUGUGGAAUCGUCACGUCCAUUGUUAUGAUUGUAAAACAGAAGCUGGCGUUAAUUACGACCUAUGUCUUAAUUGUUAUGCAAAUGGUCGUGCAUGUUCUCAUUUGAUGCAAAUUCGUAAAGGUAGAAAAAUGAAACGACUUCGUAACGUUUACACUUAUGCAAAAGAUGCCUUUGAAAAAAAGUUUGGAAAAGAUGAUGAGUUAGUUGAUCCUAAUGACUUAAUUAAUGAUUCAGAAGCCACUUUGGCUUACAUUCGUUGGAAAAAAGCUGACAGUGAUGAAGAUAUGGGAUCUCAUGAUUUAAAGUCAAAAUUACCAGAGAAGGUCUAUAUGCAGCCAUAUUGGCCACAAGCUCCACAAGUUCGUCGCAAUGAUGAUGAAUCUGCAAAAGAUAAAUUAGAAAAAUCAAGAAAAAAGAGGAGUCGUAAAUCUAAACCUACGCAAGUUAAUAAUUCUGACAAUCAAUCUGCUAUGGUUGAUGUCAACGCUAAAUCUCUACAAGAAAGUGAUUUAUCUAACUAUGAAUCCGAUAGUCUCCCUACAAAGGUUCAUACAGAAAAGAAAAAGUUACGCCAAGAAUCUUUAAAAUCUACUAAUAGGUCUAAAAAUAAUGGUGAGAGGAAUUCUUCAACCAGAAAAAGGAAAUCUCAUAAAGUGACUGACAAAUCUUUGGAAGAUUGUGAAACUGAAAGUUCCCCUGUUAAAAAGAAACAGAAUCGAAGAGUUAAUCAAUCUUCAAAAGCAGACAGUAGUUCAACUAAAUCUGUUGCUAAAAAGAUUGAUUUUCAGGAACAUGAACAAUCUUUGAAAGGUGAUGAAUCAAAGAUUGUUUCUAUUAAUGGUGGCAAACGAUCACGGAAUAGUAAAAAGCAUCAACCCGUUCUAAAUAAACGAAAUCGUAUGACAAAUGAAGGUGAAUCAAAUAAUAAUCAUGAUAGUGUUAACGGUGUUACAAAUAAUGAUCAGCCUAAAUUAGAUGAUUCAAAUGUACUUACACCAAUCGAACGUGAUUUUGCACGAUCGUGCCGUGAUUUAUACUUUGUUGAUAGUGUUCUAAGCGCGUACAUGAAAUUGGAGGAUCUCCAAACUCAACAACAUCCUUCUCCUGCUGAGUCAAGCCUAUAA